AUGGGACAGGGACUCUCGGCUAGCUCCUCCCUGGAGGACGCCCUCACCUGCCACUACGAGGUUCUCGGGGACAUCGGCCAGGGCAGCUUUGCCACAGUGAAACUGGCCCAACACAUCCUCACAGGGACCGAGGUGGCCGUAAAAGUCCUACCCAAGAUAGAGCAGGACUUGCCCUUCAUUGUGUCCGAAGUGGACAUAAUGAAGGCCAUGGAGCACCCUCACGUGGUCCAGCUAUUUGAGGUCAUCGAGACCUUCGGUGCUGUCUACAUUGUGAUGGAGUAUGCAGGUGGGGGACCGCUGAGCCAACACAUCCCGGAGGCCGUGGGCCUGCAGGAGGAGGAGGCCCGCAGAAUGUUCAGGCAGAUCGUGAGUGCCGUGUGUCACUGUCACACGAAGGGCAUCGUGCACAGAGACCUGAAGUUGGGGAACGUCCUGGUGGGCGCCGGAGGCAACGUCAAGCUCUGUGACUUCAACCUGAGCCACAGGUUCACGGCCGGACAGAAGUUCCACAGGCUCUGCGGCACCCCGUCCUACUGGGCCCCGGAGCUGUACCAGUGCCAAGAAUACGAUGGCCCCGCGGUGGACGUCUGGAGCCUGGGCGUCCUCCUCUAUCACAUGGUCACGGGGCGCUUCCCGUUUGAUGGCACUUCCUUCAAGCAGCUGAGGAAGCAGGUCCUGCAUGCAAGGUACGACAUCCCCGCCCACAUGUCCCCCGAGGUCCAGAGCCUCAUCGCGCAGAUGCUGACCAUGGACCCUACGCAGAGGCCCACGGUAGACCAGAUACUGAGGCACCCGUGGCUGAGCCAGGGUGAGGAAUGCACCCCAAGCCCGUGGAGAGACCCGCUCCUGGACCCCUCGAUUAUGGAGGUCAUGCUGGACCUGGGCUACAGUCUGUCUGAGACCUGGAUGUCUCUGAAGACCAGAAAGUUCGACGCGGCGAUGGCCACGUAUCUCAUGCUCCAGUACCAGAAAACCUGGGGGGCAGGCUGCCUGGUCCCCCCCAGGCCGGUGCGGCUGGAGGCUGGGCCUCGCCCGUGCCCCUCAGUUCCUUCCACCGUCGCCGUGCACCCAAAGAGGUCUGCCAGCGUGCCUGCCCUUUGCUCCACCCUCUUCCUGCCCGGUGAGCAGCAGCUGCCCGUGGUGGACAAGCCGUCAGGGCUGAAGGACAGAAGGGCCAGCGAGCCUGCGAUUCCCCCCUGCAGCUCGCAGGCCGGUACCCCGGUCCCCAGCCUCACCGCCCGCCUGCCCAGCUCCUGGUCCAGCAGCAGCAUGUGGGAGGGGGAGAGCUGCACACAGUCCCAGCUCGUGUCCUCAGAAGAGAGCUCCGUCUCCCUGGGGACACCCCCUGGUGACCCUGCCGACCAGGCCCCCCACGACCACAGCGAAGGCUGGAGGGGUCUGUCCAGGAGGAUCGCCACCUGCAUGGCCCGAGUGUGCUGCUGCGUGCCGGCCCCCAAGACUGGACUCCCCAACCAAGUGGCUCCAACGCAUAGAGGCCAGACUGGCGGAAGGUUCGAGAACAAAGUGGCUCUGAUGGACUCGGACAGCUGA